GCGGCCAGCGGUGGAAGGAGAGCGGCUCAGCAGGCAGCGUGGUGCCCUUGGUUCCCCAGCAUGGCCCCCUCGGCCUGGGCCAUCUGCUGCCUCCUGGGGGGCCUCCUGCUCCGCAGGGGCAGCACCAGCCCUGGCCCCAGCGUGCCCCGCCUGCGGCUCUCCUACCGAGAUCUCCUGUCUGCCAACCGUUCCGCUGUCUUUCUGGGUCCCCGGGGCUCCCUGGACCUUCGGGCCAUGUACCUGGAUGAGUACCGGGACCGCCUUUUUCUGGGGGGCCGCGAUGCCAUCUACUCUCUGCGGCUAGACCAGUCGUGGCUGGAUCCCCGGGAGGUCCUGUGGCCACCGCAUCCAGGACAGAAGGACGAGUGUGUUCGCAAGGGAAGAGAUCCCUUGGUGGAGUGUGCCAACUUUGUACGGGUGCUGCGGCCCUACAACCGGACCCACCUGCUGGCGUGUGGCACUGGGGCCUUUCAGCCCACCUGUGCCCUCAUCACAGUCGGGCAUCGUGGGGAGCAUGUACUCCACCUUGAGCCCGGCAGUGUGGCAAGUGGGCGGGGGCGGUGCCCACAUGAGCCCAGCAGUCCCUUCGCCAGCACCUUUGUAGGUGGGGAGCUCUACACGGGUCUCACGGCUGACUUCCUGGGGCGCGAGGCCAUGAUCUUCCGGAGUGGGGGUCCUCGGCCAGCUUUGCGUUCUGACUCUGACCAGAACCUCCUACAUGACCCGCGGUUCGUGAUGGCCGCCCGGAUCGCCGACAACUCGGACCAGGAUGAUGACAAGGUGUACUUCUUCUUCUCGGAAACUGUGCCCUCGCCCGAUGGUGGCCCAGGCCGUGUCACCGUCAGCCGCGUGGGCCGUGUCUGCGUGAAUGACGCAGGCGGCCAGCGAGUGCUGGUGAACAAAUGGAGCACUUUUCUCAAGGCCAGGCUGGUGUGCUCCGUGCCUGGCCCUGGUGGUGCCGAGACCCACUUUGACCAGCUGGAGGAUGUGUUCCUGCUGUGGCCCAGCUCAGGGAAGACCCUUGAGGUGUAUGCUCUGUUCAGCACAGUCAGUGCCGUGUUCCAGGGGUUCGCUGUCUGUGUGUACCACAUGGAGGAUAUCUGGGAGGUCUUCAAGGGGCCCUUUGCCCACCAAGAUGGUCCCCAGCACCAGUGGGGACCCUAUGGAGGCAAGGUGCCCUUCCCUCGGCCUGGAGUGUGCCCCAGCAAGAUGACAGCACAGCCAGGACGACCCUUUGGCAGCACCAAGAACUACCCAGACGAGGUGCUGCAAUUUGCCCGAGCCCACCCACUUAUGUUCCAGACUGUGCGGCCACGGCUGGGCCGCCCCAUCCUUGUCAAAACGCACCCGGCCCAGCAGUUGCAUCAGAUCGUGGUGGACCGCGUGGAGGCAGAGGACGGGACCUAUGACGUCAUCUUCCUGGGGACUGACUCAGGCUCCGUGCUCAAGGUCCUCGCCCUCCAGGGUGGGGGCUCCACUGAGUCCGAGGAAGUGGUCUUGGAGGAGCUCCAGGUGUUUAAGGUGCCAACACCCAUCACUGAGAUGGAGAUCUCUGUCAAAAGGCAAAUGCUGUAUGUGGGCUCGAGGCUCGGCGUGGCCCAGCUGCGGCUGCACCGCUGUGAAACUUACGGCAGCGCCUGCGCCGAGUGCUGCCUGGCCCGAGACCCAUACUGUGCUUGGGACGGCGCCUCCUGCACCCGCUACCGGCCCGGCAGCGGCACGCACCGGUCCCGCAGGCAGGACGUUCGGCAUGGCAACCCUGCCCUGCAGUGUCUGGCCGAGAGCCAGGAAGAGGAGGCUGAAGGCCCCGCAGUGGCCACCACAGUCUACGGCACAGAGCACAACAGCACCUUCCUGGAGUGCCUGCCCAGGUCCUCCCAGGCAGCCGUGCUCUGGCUUCUGCAGAAGCCAGGAGGCCAGGGGCCCGACCAGGUAAAGACGGAUGAGCGAGUCCUGCAGACCGAGCAGGGGCUGCUGUUCCGAAGACUCAGCCCCCUGGACGCCGGAAUCUACACCUGUAAGACACUGGAGCAUGGCUUCUCCCAGACCGUGGUCCGCCUGGCGCUGGAGGUGAUCGUGGCCUCGCAGCUCAACAGCCUGUUUCCUCGGGAGCCAAGACCAGAGGAGCCCCCCGCCCGGGGAGGCCUGGCCGCUACCCCCUCCAAGGCCUGGUAUAAGGACAUCCUGCAGCUCAUCGGCUUCGCCAACCUGCCGCGGGUGGACGAGUACUGUGAGCGCGUGUGGUGCUCCUCCAGGAGCCGGAGCAAACAGGCCAAGGGCAAGAGCUGGGCGGGGCUGGAGCUGGGCAAGAAGGUGAAGAGCCGGGUGCAGGCCGAGCGCAAUCGGACGCCCCGGGAGGUGGAGGCCACAUAGGAGAGCGUGGAGGAGAGGGUGGUCGGGAUGGACCGGGUGGCCCGGCAGCCCCCAGAUUCUCCCACCCACCCAGCUAGGGCAGAGGGGGGCCAACAUGCCCAAUUGCCUCUUAGAGAUGGGAGUCUCUGCCCCCCAUACUUCUACCAGGCUGCCCACAGGAAAGGCUGGGGCCCAAUGGAGGGGCCCCGUGUCCGAGACCUGUUCCCUGCCCCUCUGUGCUCCCAGUCCUAGGCUGGAGCCAGCACCCUCUGGCUGCUGCCAGCCCCGGUGGGCCUGCUGUUUGUUCUCAGAUAUGGCCCCCAGAGCGCAUUUCCGCUUGUGCCCGGCCCUGCGAAGGCUGGGUGGUUCUUUCCCAGCCAGCAGAACAAUGGCCAUUCUGAGUGGGUGUGUGGGUGCGUCCGAGGAGGUGCCUGGGCAGGGGGCCCUCAGGCAGCCAGAGGAGGAUGGAAGUACCCUCUAAGCUAGCACCCAUCAAGAGGACCUAGCGUGACUUGGGGUGGGGAAGGGAAGGUGCUGGGAAGGUGGCACAGCAAGACCUCCCCUUACUUUGUGCCCUGAUAUCUUGGUGGCUCCCUGCUGCUGCCCACCCCUCUUCUCCAUGACAGAAUCAUAGAAGUGUAGACAGCCCGAGCUCCUUGGCACCCAGGGGUGGUCUGGGUCUCAGGCCCUACUUCAUAAACCAAGCGGUGUCUCACAGUCUGACUUGCCUUUCCCAGACCCCAAGUGGCCAGGCCAGGUUCCCUGGGAUGCCCAGAGCUCCUGCCGGGAUUCUCCCUUCCCACCGUCAGGGUCUUCAUGCUGAUGAUCAGGGAGAGGGUGGAUUCUAGGAGAAUGUCAUCCCCCCUCACUGUGGACUUGGGGUGGGGCGAGGGGAGCUGGAAUGGGCAGGCCAGGAGGAGGGGGCUGUCUUUCACUGGGCAAUGCAAGCAUGCCCACAGCUGGGGAGGGCGGAAUGUGGCGGCUCCCUCAGCAAGCUGCAGCUGGUGGGAGGACCAGUUGCACGUGAUUUGCCCGGGGGCACAGAGGACUGGAGGCUUCUGGGAUGGGGAAAGGGUGAGAGGCGCUAGCAUGGGCUAUGGGACCCCAGGACAGGCAUUCUCAAGAACCCAGGAUAGCAUCAGUUAGCUCAGGAGCCACAGGAAAACCAGAUGUUUCCCACCCUGGAAUCUUUGGUUUCUACUAAGUAAGGGUUGGUGGUGAAUGGUUUCAUUUAUGAAGACUUCUCUCUUUUAAGGGAAAAAAAAAAUGGAGGGCAAGAGCCUGUUAAGUCCUGCCGGUUCUUGGGGGUGAGGCUCGGGGCCAGGAUGCAUUUUGUCUGGGUGUGUAGGGAGGUGUUUUUGCCAUCAGCGGCGAUGUGUUUCUUGGACUGGGGAGCACGGAGGGGAGGAGGAGGAGGACUGAAUGAAAAGUCAUCCCCAGCCUGCAAAUGAGCAGGUUAGUGACGCACAAAACCAACUGGAGGGGGACAAGAGUUUCAGGUUCGAGAUUCCCUCCGUGAGAACAACCAAGAGGAAGAAAGGAGGAAAAAAAAAAACAGAUAAAAAGCAGGACAGGACUUCCUGCUCCAUUGAACUCAAACCCAGACUGUGAGUCUAGCCUUGGAUCUUAUCUGAGUCACCCCGACACACCCAGAGAACUGGGGUCCGAAAUAGGCCCCCCUUUCCUCUUUGACUUCACGGGCAGUGAACCAGAGGCACUGAGAUUGACUUGACAACCCCUUGGGAAUCCUCGGGCCUGGGGUUGCUGUGGCUGGGAUGUCUGCAGAUAAAAGCAGAGGAGAGGAGGACUGUGGGGAGGGGGGCUGGAGAAGGGAGCAGAGGCCAUGGAAGAGUGGCAAGAAAGAGCACGGAGCCCCAGGAAUGGGUGCUCAGGGCUGCAGCCCCUCUAUUCCAGAGAAGCAAGGAAGAAAUGUCCAGGCUCUCAGUGUCCUCUAGGCUGGACCCAGGCAUGGCCGCUGCAGGCAUGGCCGCUCCAGGCAGGGUUCUCUGGGGGAAGUUACUCUGGAAAAUGGAAGAGGAGCUCAAAAUCCUGAACAACGAACACCUGCCCUUAGAAAAUUAUGGACAGCUUCUGCCAACUCACCACACCUCCCACCCCUGUGGUACUGUGUGUGAUUAACUCCUGGAAAUGCCUCUAUGUGUGAAUUCUAUUUUUAUAUUCAUAUGUUGAGAUCGGCCCUGUGGUUUCUCUGUCUUCAGAGCACACUUCACAUAAUUACUAUUGUUAUUUUUAUUGUCAUGACCACCUCUGUGCUCUGAUGAGGAUACACGGUGGUCUACCACACAGACCUACAAAGAGAGCGAUGAAAUGAAUAUUUAUAUCACAUAAUUAUAUCAUUAUUGUAUCUCUGUAUUUCUGUUCUAAAUUGACUGAUGCCAUCUGUGUGAGCUAGAAAGGAAGAGCCUCUCCAUCCAUUCCAGGAGGGAGAAGGCCACCGUAAGGGGUAUAUUCUAGAAGGGAGGGAGAUGGGCAUGAGGGGAAGGAAGGAAGGAGUCAAAGGGCUUUGUCUAGGAAACUGAGAUGGCUUAUUAAGUUAAGAAACUCCUGCCCCUCAGGCUUCUGAGACUGACCUUCAUGGGCUUCAGGAAGAUCUUGAGUCAGAAAGAAAAAAAGAAUGCUGGCAAAGGGCAGCUGAGCACGUAGGCAGCCUUGUUCCUUUUCCACAAUAACACUUGAUAUUUCUAACAGCAACACUUGGCCUGGUGCCUGUCUUCGUCUUGGGCCACAUACCAACGUAUAUUAAGGCCACUGUGCUCUUGCCUGGGGUGCUGGGCUGUGCUAUAGGGGUUGAAGAUUCUGAGGAGGAGGGGAAGUCUGGAUGCUGCUGAAGGUGCCACUGACCGAUGGCUCCCACUCCCCCAGUGACAUUAUGCCCCUGCCCAAAUAACAGAGCCCAGUGCUGCUGCAGGGAGAUGGCAAAAGACGGGCGCGAUUCGAAGGUGGGAUGGACAUCUUGCCAGGGAGACUAGGUUCUUGCUAGUGUGCUGAGUACAGGCCCUCAGCCCACACUAGAGCAGGCGGCUUAACAAGUCGGUCGGUCAUCUGUCCCAUCUUGCAGCCCAGCAGCGGGGCCCCUCCUCUUGCCCCUGGGCCUGGCAGAACGGAACCGCGGUGCCCUGCCCUAAGCUUCCACCACCACCGCCUGAGAAACAUCGUCAGCCCCCACUUGGCACGGAGUGUAGGCCUGGUAGGCACUUGACCUCCACAGCCCCUUCUCUCCCUAGGCCACAGCAGCUCUGUUCCCCCCUUCCCACCCCUUGGGCUUGGACUUCUCCCCCUCAUUCUUCCUACCUUGAGUCCUAUUUCCUGCCUCGGGGGCCUCCCUCUCUCUGGAAGCUUUUUCCUCCAAAUCUCAUACAUCCCCUAGUCUUUGGGCCAGUGUCACCAUUUCCCAAAUGGGUUUAGCAUGAUAAGGGUCAAAUAAAUAUGGGGAUUUCUGUCCCUUGAGCCCCCACAGUAGCUGCUGUGUGUGCAGCCCGUUUGCCCUGUGAAACGCCUAAGAAGCCCAGGAUGAUGUCCCAUUAAUUUGCAUGUCUGCUGUGAGCUACAGGAUUCUCCCAAACCUGGGGUCCUUUUUUCCCCAUCAAGUAAUCACCAUCUCAUGCUUCUACUGUUUUGAAGCAUACUUUGGGAAAACACGGGUUUGAUUAAUUCCUUCCCCUGCCAUGUGAGAUUAGUUUAUUGAUCUCUGCUUUCUAAGCCUGUAAACUCUGGAGGCCCUGGCCUCCCAGAUGGAAGAGCCACAACUUGGCUUCCCAUGCCAGGCACUGAGCAGGACCCGCCAUCCCAGGGCUAGGGCUGCCAAGCCACCAGUCUGCUGGCCCUGGGGCCUGGCCUCUGCCCAUCCUCCCAUACCCAGUCUGCCUCCACAGCCCACUUCCUGGCAAGAUCCUCUGUGGGUGGCUAGGGUUCCCCCCAAGUCUAUGGCUUUCCAGCAGUCCAACAGACUCUUUCUAAGGAAGGCUGGGGGUAGGGAGGGAGCAGAAUAGAGGAGGAAAGCAGCUCUUCACACUUUCUCAAAUGGUCCCCUUGCACUCAGCGAAGCCCAGGUCAGUUUCUAGACAUCCCUCGACUCCCCCAGUUGGAAGAGGGAGCAGGCAGCAGCCAUCAGGAGCCAGACUGUCCUCUCCAUGGGUCCAGAUGCAGCUUCAGCAGGGGUGGGGGGUUGGGCAGGGAACUCACUCGCGUGCCUCUGCCAGUCCAGUGCACUGAGGCUUCUCCAGCCAGCCACAUCACCUUCUUAGAGCUAGGAGACAGCCCCAUUUCCAUUCCUAGUUAGGGAUCCACCCCAGCCUUCCCCAAGUGCUGGUUCUCAGGGUCUCCCAAAGGAGAAGUUUCAGGCCACACCAAGAUCAAAUCCCCAAGGUUUCCUGACUACAAACUUGGCCCUGGUGUAGGGAGACGGCGAGUGGGUGGAGCUAGGUUUCAUACAAUACCUGCCGAGGAACUUAAGGGCUGUUGGGCCCCUGCCCUGUCUCCCCUUCCGGACUCACCCCCCACCCCUGGGGAACAGGAGAUGAGGCAACAGCAGCUGUGGCCCUGUGCCCGCUUCCCACUGCCCCGCCCCUGCUCACCCUUGCCGUGGGUACUGGGUACCGCUACUGGGCCCAUUCCCUAGAGGCCUUGUCCUAAUGAAGCCUUUCACUUUCCCGCUGGAUUUUCACUAAGGAAACUCCUGGUUCCUCAAUGCAGCCUUUUCAAAGAGCAUUCUCCGCUGAGGAUGGGAAGUGUUGCACGGACUCCAGGGAGGCCUCCUAAGGGACACCUGCCCCUAUCCUCACCCUGACCUUAGCAGUCAGCUAGGAGCUUGCACUCAGGGACCCUGCAGAGGGGGACUCAGGUGAUCAGUCCUGACCUCUUUCCCCCAGGGAGGAAGAUGACUGACCGAGUGUACCCUCAUCCAUCCCAAUGGGGUGUGUUUCACUUCCAUAAGCAUCCCACUGGGCAGAGAGGGAAGACCAGGAAAAGGGGACUGGUGUGGGCUUGCAAGGAUUCCAAAAUGAAUCAACAGAGGCCUGCAGCAGAGUCCAGGUGUCUGUCAUCAAAUGGAAAGAACGACAGUAGUAGGGACACACAAAGCCCAGAUAGGCCUGUUAGGAGGACAAGGGUUGGCGGGGGCGGGGGCCUCUGCUCUCACAGAUAAAGGUACAAAAGAAUGAUGUGGCAGACCAGCAGCUUGCUUUAUGGACAUGACCUCAUCUGUUCAUGCUGCCUCCCACCCCCAGCUGAUAAGAAUCUGGUGCUGUUUCCUGUAGUCCAAGGGUCUCAGACAAUGGUGUGAACAGGCUGGCCCUGCUGGAAAGGACAUUGUUUGGGGAAGAAAAAACACACCAGCACAAAGACAGGGCAGGACCUGUCUAAAUGUAAGGGCCUGUUUACAAAUC